AUGAAGUACUUUUAUGUGUACCCUGAUCCAAUAUCAAGGUCCUUCUGGGCAGUGCUAGUGGCUGCGAUGUUUAUGAUGGCGUGGUUCCUCACGUAUCUGCUAUACAUGCGCUUCGCAGACAUGCCCACACGCAUCACCAUAGAGAACCAGUACGAGUCCAUAAAGGAUCUGCCGUACCCUACAAUAACCAUAUGCUCGCCUAACAAGAUCACCAUCGCCGCUGUCCAUCAUCUCAACAAGACCUUAGUAGAUGGUAACGUGACAGCAGACCUCGAUCGUAUUAUUCCCAUAGUGUUGGGCUUCUAUGACCCAGCGUUGCAGUCCUCGGACGAUACGGCGCACCAACUGCAGUCAUUAAUUGACCUCAACAGAUACACAACAACCGAAGUGAUGGCGAUGCUGCCGCAGCAGUGCGACGAGUUCCUGCAGAUGUGCCAGCUGGGGCACACUCGCUACCCGCACUGCCGGGGCCUCUUCGACCCCGUGCUCACCACUUAUGGACUCUGCUGCUCUUUCAACAGCAAGUACCAUUACGUCAAGAGUAAUAAAAGAAACGAAGUUAAAGCGAACUUUACAAGCCGAUUGGCGUUUUCGUCGAGUUUGAACAAUGCGUUCACGGUGGUAGUGGACUACAACCCGGCAGGCGCCAUCGACAGGACCAUACUUGCUGCUGGAGGAAUACGGUAUAUGUCCAAGGUCCUGUUCACGGACCACACCGAGUUCCCGGCAGAAGACGUGUCCAACCUGGUGCUGACCAACACGGAGUCGCUGCACAUCAUCCAUGCCACGCACACCUACUGCUCGGAGGACGUUAAAGUGCUGCCGGUGUCCAGUCGCAAAUGCUACCUCCAAGACGAGCGCCACCUGCCCUACUUCCACGACUACCACAACUCCGACUGCGACCACGUGUGUUUCGCCGACUCUAUCAAGAAUUACUGCGGAUGCGAGCUGUUCUACUUGCCGUACGUGCGACUGACGCACGUCUGCAACGCCAGCAAGAUCAAGUGCAUCGGGGAGACUAAACGUCACUACUGUGACUGCGAGCUGUUCUACUUGCCGAACGUGCGACUGACGCACGUCUGCAACGCCAGCAAGAUCAAGUGCAUCGGGGAGACGAAGCUAAGUCGCCACCCACCGCAGAAGGCUAGCACGUGCAAGUGCCUGCGAGACUGCGAGUCGCGCCGCUACACCGUCGAGCUGUCCACGGGAAACCUGGACGCACUGCCGUACAUGUUCAACGAUAUGUACAGGGACAUAAAGUUUAACAAAAGCACCGCCAUCAUGCACUUCUUCUUUCCUAACUCUGUCUACGUGAAGCAAAAACAAGAAACGGUGAUAUCCAUCGUCACUUUAGCGUCAAACUUGGGCGGGGUAUUCGGUUUGUGCGUUGGAGUAAGUUUUAUAAGUGCAUUGGAGUUACCAUUCUAUAUCUAUAUGGCCAUAAAAAACAACAUCAAAUACCAAAUGAGGAAGCGUAGUGGCCGCAUCGUUCACUUGAAAUAAAAAUAAAUAAACUUUUUUCUGUGUAACCGCUAUCGGUUCGCUAGUAUUUGUUUAUCUUUUAAACUUAGAUAACUCAAAAAGAAGGAUACGUUUAAAAAUAAAAAGCCCAAAUCCAGGUGUAUGUAACAAAUUUAUAUUUUCUGAUUUACAUAUAUAUUUCACUAUAUCCGACGAUCAUUUCCAAUAGUUUUAUCAAAUAUAGGUAUUGCUUUGCUUAACUCCAUGAAAAAAUACAAAAGUACUCUACAUUGCGUUAUGAAAAAACUUUCUAGAAAAAAUUACAUCUCUCUUAUGUAUCUAGAUGUUCAUAUUAUGCGUUAUAAACAUUCGUUUGCGUGUAUAAAAUGUCGUUUCUUUAAACAUAUGCAAAGUACCGCGCACUAUUGCACUAGGUUACAAUGUUGAUAAAUAUUAAAUAUACACUAAAUAAAUAUUCAUUGAUUUCUGUCGUUUCUAAUCAAUAAUACUUCAAAGUAAAUGACGGCUACAACUAAAACCUAUAAUAACGACAUAAAAUCAAUAUUUGGCUUAGAUUUUAAAUAAAUCUACAAUAAAGCAAGUAAAGUAAUAAUUUGGUCUAAGUUACGAAUAUUAUAAUUAAUUUUUAAGUGCCCUUAAACUAAUUAUUGCCUUAAAAUUAAUAUAUUUUUAAUUCCAGUGGUCUUAGCAUUAAGAAAUUGUAACUCAUGUCAUAAUGUAUUUUGAGUAGUGUAGCUAUAAAAUUUCCAUAAUUUUGUAUUGCUAUGAUUUAGCUAGUAUAAUUUAAUACAUAUUUAUUGUAAAUAUUGCUGUAUAAGACACGAGUCACAUAUUCACGUACCGCAGCGCGGCCAUCACUGGACGUAUCACAAGUCGCUUACAGUAAUGUUACACUACCAGUAUCUAAACCAAUGGAACGGUAAUACGUUACAUUAACAUUGAGCUAACUUACAAUCAAUAUAUUAAUUAUUCUUUAAGUAAUCUGUUAGUUAAUGGUUAACUAAAUAUUUGACAUUAUUGUUAUCUUGAGAGUAGACGUAGAAAAUGGCACACAGUUUAUUAUGACAAGAUUGUAUGCAAAGAAUUUAAAAACAUUUGUGCCGAAACUUUUCUUAUAGUACGGUGUAAAAGAGAUCUUUUACAUAAUUUAAUAUAAACGCACCAUCAAGUCUAGCCUCGCUAGAUAUUAAGCACAACACGAAAUAAAAUCCCUGAAAUGCUCAAAUAAAACUCUGUUUUAUUUUUCCAUAAUCACAAUUAUUAUUUCUGCAUCAUUACAAACUCUUUUUCUUUAUAAAAAUAUCUUCCUUUAAACUUUAAAAAGCUCAUAAAUUGACUCUGUAGAUCGGCAACGCUAGGCCAAUAUAAUAUUUAGACUACGAUAUAAAUACAAAAGCACAUAGUGAGCAACACGUUACCUAAAUGUAGCUCAAUAAAUAGAAAGGGACAGCCGAUCGCCUUACAGUAGGCCGAGUGAAGAACGAUAGAGAGAGAGGAAGGGAAGAUCGGCACGAACGAGAGAGUACAUCGAAUAAAUAAAGAAUCCG